GCACCCAAUGCGAACGGCGCUACAAUCACUGAAUGCAGCUGCAGCAGCGCUAGCGCCGACGCCCCCGUAACUCUCCACCUGGAAUGCGACACCACACUUUGUCCUGCAAACCCCCGCCUUCCCCCACCUGUCGUCUGCUGGGUCCUCCCAAGGCCAGCAGGGCCUCCCCCGGCCCGGGGGUCUUCCUGUCUUUGAGCAGUCCAGUUGUGUUUGUGUUGGCCCACUCACUGUGGUGUCGUUAUCUUGGCUGAUGUCGCGACACCGGCGAUUCCACUGGGCGUCAUGAGCUAGGGGAUCUGGGGUGACUACUCGGGGAGCUAGGGCGGCAGGAGUACUCUGCCGAGCCGACUGCUAUGAGGAGGGGAGGGGGGGUCAACAAUCUCGUUCCACAGUCUACGCAGCACCAGGCAAGAC